UCAUUAUAUAAUUGUAUACUUUUUAUGAGAUGUAUCAAUUACUUAUACAUGAUGUUUGCCCAUCGGGUGUCAAUGGAGAUAUGACUUCCGAAUCUACGGAACUUAUACAUAUUACCUUAUAAAUGAUACAUUGGUUUUGCUGCUAUUAGGCAGUCGUCGGCGACCAGGCGACUUGCAAAAACAUCCGUGGAGGACGAGGAUGGAGAGAAGGCGAGGAGGAUCCUGUUCAGCUGUUACAGUGGGCAAAGGAGAGUCCAGGUGACUUUCACUUUGUGUGGGAGGCCCUGAAAACAGCUACGCUGUGCUGCUGGGGCCUGGCCACAGAAGCAGGCUCUCUCUCACAGAUAAGGGUUGCCAUCAACCGGAUGCGGGCGGACAAGGAGUGUAAGAACUUUCAAGUUUCUGACGAGUUCUUUUGCCAAAGAGGAAAGGACACAUCCUAGCUGCCCUCACAGUUUUCCUCGGUCUGGAGUCACCUCAGGAAUCCUACAACUGCACCUCUCCCCAUGACUUUGACUCUAUAGCUUCAAAGUUUGUUACAGAAGUAGUGUUUCCAGGCCAGUGGACUGAAGACAGUGACCAAGUGCAGACCAGAGCACGCUUCAUGUUGUACCUGGGACUGCUCUACCUGGACUUAAGGACAGCAGUAAGAUACCAAAUGGGUGAGGCUGUAAUCCAACAUUGGAAGGUCUGGUUUGAGCUGUUUCUGGGGACAAAGAGGAACAACUACGCAUGCGAGGCUGCCAACCUUCUCGCCAAUCUGAAGGCUGACUGGUCCCCGUAUAUGGCCUACAUCCACACCCACAACCGCUGUGUGAACAUCACGGGAGAGGAAGGCAAGGGCAAGCCGAUAGACAUGCUUGGAGAACACCACAACAGGACCAUCAAGCAGACAUGCCGUGCAGCUGGGGGACGACUAGAGUUCAAACACGCCCAGGACAUAAGUCUUUCUGUGCAGCUGUUUGACGCCGCCAAAAACUUCGCAGACAGCUUGUGUUCUAAGAAGACUACACACCACACAACGACAUCUGCAGAAGUGGACAUUCAGUCAGUAAUGACAACAGUCUUAAAACACGAAGUGUAUCACAACAAACCAGGGAGGAGCUUGAACCCUGAGUGGUUGGACCCACGAGCUGUUGCAAGAGAGCGACUGUACGACAACAAAUGGCUGGCAAACUUUCUCACUCGUGGAAAGCAGGACAUCUCUGACGAUACAGAGCCACCUGAGUCCCCGGAUGCUGAUGACGGAGAGACAGACGAGGACAGCGCCGAACAAGUUGAAGUCAGAGACGAAGAGGAUCCUGAGUGGGAGGAAAUCGAGGACGCUGACCUUAUCAACUUAGACCUAGCAUAAGCUGCCCUCUUUGCUGUCUUGUGGACCCUGGGAUGCAGCAGGUACGCUCCCCGUGGUGCUGUGGCCUCCUCCUGGCAGACAGAGCAGCAGUGGUCUGUGUCUGCCGCCUGACUGCCAAGUUCCUUCAGCAUCAC